AUGGACGCUGAGGAUGACAUGUUGUUGCAAGAUGCUUGGGUGAAUGAGGAAGAGGAGGUAACCGCCGGCCCCUGCAAGAGAACUGAAGGGCUCCAGCUCUGUGGGAAGUGCCAGUGGAAUCCCAGGCAAUGGACUCCGGCCACAGCUGUGCCUACCUCUAGUUUUUGGAAUGCCGUGGGUUGGAUCUUCACCAACCCCUACUCAGCCAGCCUCAUCCUCUUCUUGGGCUGUGCCAUCCCAACCACCCUAGCCAUUGUCAUGUUCCUGCACUACCCAGCUCUGGACAUCGACAUCUCAUACAACGCCUUCGAGAUCCGCAACCAUGAGUCCUCACAGCGCUUUGACGCCCUGGCCUCGGCCCUCAAGUCCCAGUUCGGCUCCUGGGGCCGCAACCGCCGGGACUUGACGGACUUCAACUCAGAGACUUUGCAGAAGCUGAUCUUCGAGCAGCUGCAGCACCUUCACCGCAAUGCCUCGCGGCCGGCUGGCACAGCCAGGCGGAAGCGCAGCAGCCUAAACCAAGAGAGGACUAGCCCUUCCCCGAGGGUCGGGUCAGCCAACCAAACCUCCCGCCAGCCACGGAGCGCCCUGUCCCACUGGGAAUACUCAAAUGCGGUUGUGAGCACCAACACACAAACCCAUGCGCACUGGCGGAUCGAGCUCAUUUUCCUGGCCCGUGGAGAUGCUGAGAACAACAUCUUCACCUCUGAGCGCCUGGUCACCAUCCACGAGAUUGAGCGCAAAAUCAUGGACCACCCUCACUUCCGGGACUUCUGCUGGAAGCCCCAUGAGGUCCUCAAGGAUCUCCCGCUGGGUUCCUACUCCUACUGUUCCCCUCCUAGUUCUCUCAUGACUUACUUCUUUCCCACGGAGAGGGGUGGGAAGAUCUACUACGAUGGCCUAGGGCAGGAUCUGGCUGACAUUCAAGGUUCCCUGGAGCUUGCAAUGACCCACCCAGAAUUCUACUGGUAUGUGGAUGAGGGUCUGUCAGUGGAGAACCGGAAGAGCUCCCUCUUGCGCAGUGAGAUCCUCUUUGGUGCUCCGCUGCCCAGCUACUACUCGGUGGAGGACCGGUGGGAAGAACAGCGGAGGAAGUUCCAGAGCUUCGUGGUCACCUACGUGGCUUUGCUGGCCAAACAAUCCACCAGCAAAGUCCAGGUGCUGUAUGGUGGGACGGAUUUGUUUGACUAUGAAGUGAGGAAGACGUUCAACAAUGACAUGUUGCUGGCUUUCAUCAGCAGCAGCUGCAUUGCAGUGUUGGUCUACAUCCUGGCUUCCUGCUCAGUGUUCCUCUCAUUCUUUGGGAUCGCUAGCAUCGGGCUCAGUUGCCUUGUGGCGCUUUUCCUCUACCAUGUCGUCUUUGGGAUCCAGUACCUAGGAAUCCUGAACGGAGUGGCUGCUUUUGUGAUUGUGGGGAUUGGUGUGGACGACGUGUUUGUUUUCAUAAACACCUACCGGCAGGCCACACACUUGAAAGACCUCCACCUCCGCAUGGUCCACACCAUCCAGACAGCUGGCAAAGCCACCUUCUUUACCUCCUUGACCACAGCUGCGGCGUACGCAGCCAACAUUUUCUCCCAGAUCCCCGCUGUCCACGAUUUUGGCCUCUUCAUGUCCCUGAUCAUUUCCUGCUGCUGGGUGGCAGUCCUCUUUAUCAUGCCUGCAGCCCUUGGGGUCUGGUCCCUCUACUUGUCGCCCUUGGAGAAUGCCUGCCAAGCCAGCUGCAGCCAGAAAUGCGUGAAGCCGAAUGCACUGCACGUUUCAGACGGGCUGUUCAUCUCCUCGGAGGCUGCAGGUGGUCCAGGGCCAGGCGGCCUUCCUUACCUGGAUGACGACAUCCCCUUGCUCAGUGUGGAAGACGAGCCAGUGACUCUGGAAAUGGGAGAUGUUCCGCUGGUCUCAGUGCUGCCUGAGAGUCUUCAACUCCCCACCAAGAAUAACAGCCAGGGGCAUCUCAUCGCUCACCUUCAGGAGCUCCUCCAGGUCUGGGUUUUGUGGUCAGCCGUGAAGAGCAGAUGGGUGAUUGUCGGGCUCUUCCUCUCCGUUCUCCUUCUGUCUGUCUUCUUCGCCAGCCGCCUCCGCCCAGCAAGCCGGGCUCCCCUUCUCUUCAGGCCCGACACCAACAUUCAGGUCCUGCUGGACCUAAAGUACAACCUGAGCGCUGAGGGCAUCUCCUGCAUCACCUGCUCAGGCUUGUUUCAGGAAAAACCCCGCAAUCUGCAGAAUAACAUCCGCACCUCUCUGGAGAAGAAGAAGCGGGGACCUGGCCUUGUGUGGGGUAGCCGAGGGAGCGCUGCAGGGGAUGGAAUCGUACAAGCAGACCCCCAGGGAACAGUCUACAUCUUCAAAUCCAAAGGCAAAGGCCGGCCAGUGGUCUACAGAUUUUCUCUCAAUGCCACCGUCCCAGCGCCGUGGCAGACGGUGUCAGCAGGAGACGGGGACAUCCCCUCUUUCCUGGUGUAUAGAGUUCCUUACGGUAACUUCACCAAGAGGCUGACCGCUUGUAUGUCCACAGUAGGGCAUGUCCAACAGACGGGCCCCAAGAAGUGGAUGGUGACCACCUUGUCGUGCGACGCCAAGAGAGGGUGGAAAUUCGACUUCAGUUUCUACGUGGCUGCAAAGGAACAGCAGCGCACGAGGAAGCUCUACUUUGCUCAGUCCCACAAGCCCCCUUACCACGGCCGAGUCUGCAUGGCUCCACCCGGCUGCCUCCUUAGCUCGAGCCCCGAUGGACCAAACAAAGGCUUCUUGUACGUGCCGAGCGAGAAAGCCUCCCCUAAAGUCAAGUUGUCCAUCACUUCUGGAUUCAACCCUUGCGGGAAUGCUAGCUGCGGGAAACCAGCGGUGCGCCCCCUAGUGGACACAGGAGCCAUGGUGUUUGUGGUGUUCGGGAUCCUAGGGGUGAACCGCUCCCGGCGCAUGGACAACCACGUCAUCGGAGACAUGGGCAGCGUCAUCUAUGAUGACGGCUUCGACCUCUUCAAAGAGAUUGGCAACCUGUGCAGAAUCUGCAAAGCUAUUGCCAGCAACGUGGAGCUGGUAAAGCCGGGAGGAGCCCAGUGCCUGCCCUCGGGAUACAGUAUCUCCACUGUCCUUCAGAUGCUGCACCCAGAAUGCAAGAAUCUUCCCGAGCCAAACCUCCUUCCUGGACAGCUCUCCCACGGGGCGGUGGGGGUGAAGGAAGGCAAAGUCCUGUGGAUCUCCAUGGCCUUUGAGUCGACAACCUACAAAGGGAAGUCAUCCUUUCAAACCUACUCUGACUAUCUCAAGUGGGAAACUUUCCUCCAGGAUCAGCUCCAGCAGUUCCCCGAAGGCUCAGCUCUGCGCCGGGGCUUCCAGACCUGUGAGCACUGGAAACAGAUCUUCAUGGAGAUCAUAGGUGUGCAGAGUGCCCUAUAUGGCCUCAUCCUCUCACUCGUGAUUUGUGUCGCUGCUGUUGCGAUCUUUACCACGCACGUCCUCCUCCUCCUCUCUGUGCUGCUCACCAUUUUAGGGGUCGUAUGCUUAGUAGUGACCAUCAUGUAUUUGUCCGGCUGGGAAAUGGGCGCAGUGGAGGCCAUCUCCCUCUCCAUCCUCGUCGGCUCCUCUGUGGACUAUUGCGUCCAUCUUGUGGAAGGGUUCCUUCUGGCAGGAGAGAACCUGCCGCUUCACCUGGCGGAGGACCCCAACUCCAGCCGCCAGUGGAGGACGAUCGAGGCGGUCAGCCACGUGGGCGUAGCUAUCGUCUCCAGCGCCAUCACCACCGUCAUGGCCACCGUCCCCCUCUUCUUCUGCAUCAUCGCCCCCUUUGCCAAGUUCGGCAAGAUCGUGGCCCUCAACACGGGGGUCUCCAUCGUGUACACGCUGACUGUGAGCACCGCCCUGCUGAGCAUCAUGGGGCCCCCCUCCUUCACCCGCAGCCGGACUUCCUUCCUGAAGGCCCUGGCAGGGGUGCUGGUGGCCGCCGGGGUGGGGCUGUGCGUUUGCUUGGUGCUGCUCAGAAGCGGAUUCAAGAUCCCCCUGCCCAACGGGACAGUCCUAUAGUUCCAUGUUUCCCCAGCGGCCUCUUUGUAUAUCUUUUGUUCUUCU